AUUAGGGUGGGGUGCGUUCGGUAACACCAUGGACCUUACCCCACGUAAACCGGACCUACUCAGCAAUCUUCUGCUACGGCUGCUCCCAUUCGCCGUUCUCAUAUUUGCCGCUCGGUUCACUUACGCUGCCACCAUCGACGGCUGCUCUUGCCGCUUCCUCCAAUUCUGCUUCUCCUCCUCCGUCCCCGAGACCGUCACUCUAUCCGCCGCCGAAUUGCUACGCUCUCUUCGGACUUACUACUCGUCGGUGUUCCAAGAUUUGAUUACCGAAGGCUAUCUCUCGCUCUGCUCCAAGGCUUUUUGCAUCGAAACCAUAACCGGCCAGGACGUCGCUUCUUUGAAAGAGAUCGGAGUCGCCGACUCCAUCGGUAUCUCUGCUAAACCAUCGCCACCGUUGGUAAUAUCCGGUCGGGCUGUUCGACAGCCGUUUGAUGAUAACACCUUCGGUUUUCAUUUCUCCGGCGUCGACGGGCUGGAUUGGUCCAGUCAACCCGCCGAAUUCGCCUCCGAAGUAUCGAGAACGCUCAAGCCGGGAGGUUUCUUCGUCCUCCAUACGGUGGCUAAGGACAUGUACAGUCUCAAUUCGUUGCUUGAAUUGUUCAAUUCUUGUAGAUUGAUUCGUUGGCGGGACAUCAACGGCCCCGAUUUAGCCUUUCCGUCGAUCCGUGAGGUUAUUCUGAUAAAAGAAAAUCCAAUUCCUGGCCAAGGUGAGAAAAAUCAAAAUUAAAAUCAAUCUUUGCGUCGCAAUUGGGAUAAUGGUUGCUCUGUUCCAGGAUAUAAGCGGGAAUUGAUUCGAAAUAUAGAACCAUUGGCCCCAAAUGAGCCACUGAACCCUUGGAUCACAUUUAAAACGAACGCUAAGAACAUUACAUAUUUACCUUCUUUGGUCGAUAUCAGUUUCAAGCCUGGGUAUGUG